UCACGUGUGUCGUUACACAGCGGUGUGCCCGGAGCCGCGGGCACAUGUUGGACAGUGCAGUUCGAGCCAAUCGUAAACACAUGGUAUCCAUUCAGUCUGCUGUGUCAAAGAUUGGACCUGGCGAGGGAAAGAAAAACCAGACACCACCUUCACUGUUACCACCACCACCACCACCAUCAUCCUCGUCAUCACAGUCAGCCUUAGAACAAGGAAACAUCCGGACGGUCCCGAUCGGUUACAUCACUUCCUGUUUCUCGGUGAAAAAUGGGACGCCCAGGCAGCCCACCAUUUGUGGACCCUCGCGAGGAGAACUGCGCAUCCAGCAGAGCGUUUUCACUAACCCACAGCAUGCUCUGGUAGGACUGGAGCAAUACUCUUAUGUUUGGAUCAUCUUUCUCUUUCACAAAAAUGGACACCUGAGCUCCAAAGCUAAAGUGAAGCCUCCUCGACUGAACGGGCAGAAAGUUGGCGUGUACUCCACACGCAGUCCACAUCGACCAAAUGCUUUGGGUUUGACUCUGGCUAAACUUGAUAGAAUUGUAGGUGACACCGUACAUCUGUUAGACAUUGACAUGAUUGAAGGAACCCCAGUACUUGACAUCAAACCCUACAUCCCUGAGUAUGACUCUCCUCAGACCAGGACUCGUAUGGACAUGGAGGCAUAUGACCUAAAAACACACCAAACUGCUGAAACUACAACGGAGGAGUCAAAGCUCUCAAACAUCCAUCAUUAUGACGACAUUGAGAUUCAGUUCUUAAAAGACAAAUCUGCAGGUGAGAUUCCUUCAGUUGAUUCACCCGGAGUCGGUGACCUGCACACUGUUCUGGAGGAGGUCAUGACUUAUGUGUCCCACCGUGACCUUUUCCAAAACGAGGACCAAGUUUCAGACUCUUCAGUAAGCAAACCCUCAGAGACAGCAGUGGACCGCCCCUGCUAUGGAGAGGAUGCCUUCAGUAGCAUAGCUGGCUGGAUCAGGGAGCCUCCUGUUUCCAGUCUGGAGGUACGCUUCACUCCUCAUGCUGAGAGGGAGCUAGCAGAAUUCCUUCCUGCACAUAUAUCAGGACCCUUUGAAAGUGUGAGACCCAGGUUCAAGUUUCUGCGCAGUCCAGAAGAGGCUGCUGCUGCCAUCAGAGGGGUUCUGUCAGCAGACCCACGCUCAGUGUACAGGAGGACACGCUGCAGGGACAGACUCUUCUUUUUCACCCUGGACACAGCUGACAUCACCUGCUGGUUUGGACAGGACUUUGCUGAGGUCCUGCAGGUCCGACCUGUCGAGAGCCAGAUUGCCUCCAUGUAAGAAAUCACGUCACAGGAUUCACAAGUCCGUAAAUUCUCCUCCACCUCAACAUUUCCAGGUUAUUUUACAACAGAUAUGUAUUUCAGGUGUACAGAGGGGAAAAAAGACAUACAUCAGAUUCUGUAUAGGUUGAUUAAAUAAGAGAAAACAAUG